AUGGAAAUCGGACCGGACGACAUCAUCAGCUCCGAGAGCUACGACAAGUACGGCCUCAGCCCCUGGCGCCAGAGCUCUAACAACCGGGUCCUACGUUUCAUGAACAAGGGGUUGAUGAGCCAAGCCGCCGUGUAUGAGAGGUACACCGAGACGCUCUUGAAGCCCUUUCUCGCCAUCGGCGCGCGAGGGCCCAUCUCCGAGGGGAAAUUCGAGUCCGUCAUCAAGGCGAGGCUCGCCGGCGGCAAGGAUGCGGUAGACGCGGUCGGCUUGUCCGCUCUGUUCGACAUCCUGACGUGGCACGCCGCCUUUCCGUUCCCAUGCGCCCGCACGCCGUCAGGUGCGCCAGUCGUGGACGAGAACGCAUUCUUGCGCGCAAUCUGCCUCCUGACCCGGGACCCUGCCCCGUACGGUUUCCCCUCGUUCAGAUGGCCCGUGUGCCAUGGUCUACGUUUAGGGGAGAACUGGGGUCCCCACCGUGCCGGCUUCGUUUCCCUCCGCGGGAGAGACCCGCAAGACCUGCGGCGGUACCUCUUCCGGAGCCUAGCGGAGCCGGUCUCGCACGCAGGCACAGCCUCGGCUGAGACCAUAAACACCAACGCAACCACGCCGCCGACGCCGCCGACGCCGACAACCAUCCCCGUUCCCCGAUGCAGCUACACCCAACCGACCGGAACCGAGCGGGACGAGUACGACCCGGUGAAGGUGAUCGUGGUCGAGCGCGAGGACGAGCGGUCCGUCGACCGGCAGGACGUGCUGGCCGAGAGCUCGCCCGACGCGGACAGCCGGCCGACGCCCAAGCCGCUGCGCGAGAGCUACGCGCUGGCGCUGGCCGCGCUGCCGCGCCACGCGCACGACCUCGCCGACCUGCGCGUGCCCACCGCCAGGCUGGUCGCGCUCGUCAGGCUGCUGCAUGCUGCGGCGGUUGGCGCUGGCGGGGCCGGUUGGGCCGAUGGCGAUGGGAUCGUACUGCUGCCUGGCCUGCAUGACGAGCCGGCGUAUAUACGAUGGGAGAGGUUUGAUGUUGUUCUGGCGCCGUACACGGAGCGGAUUGUGAACGGCCUGUCCACCGUCUUUUCCGUGUUCAAGGCCCCCCCGAGCCCGGAUCUCGAGUGA